UUCGGGUAUCGGGUGGAGUAUUGUGUGUUGCAAUAACAAUAAUAAAACAUCAUUUUCAUAGUGAUUUGUUUUUCGAUAUUCUAGCCCAACUGAAUAUGAGAUGAGUCUGUGACCACGCUUUUUUGCCGAAUAUAUUUGUUAUACAUUUUGGGUAAGUCCUCGCUCGUUCCCGUUCAAACUCGGCAUAGCCCGAUGAGCCAGUUGGGAAGACGCUGCGCGGUUUGACAUGCUGUCAAUGCCUCGUGUUUAAAAAUACCGAACCCCAAAAGAGAGGAAACGCUCCCUAUUAUAUAUGGUGGCUCUACUAUUCUCCCUCUAACCUGCCACCAGAAUGUCGGGUGAUGUCCAGCCAAGGAAAAGGAAAGACAAGAAACGAAGGAAAGAUGAUUUUGACCCCGUUCCCGUUCAAGUACAUCCUCCCAUUUUCGCCAACAAUUCUUUGAGUGAUGACGUCAAUAUUCAUGUUCACAAGGAGGGUGGCACUGGAGGCAACAUCUGCGCCAAAUUGGUCUUCUUCUUUUUAUUUUCUGCGCUUGUUGUUCUCAUCGGACUCAUCAUCACCGAACAUAGAGGACUAACAGAUCUCGACUCUGCCGAUACAGAAUCAAGAUUCUCCCAUAUCUUCGAAGGCUUGGUAGAUUCUGGUAGAGAUGCACACGAUCAUGAAGACCCUGGCAUAGAAGAAGCCCUGGAUACCCAUGAUGACCACGAAGAAAAUGAAGAAGAAUUGAACGUAUCCGAACCUGAAGAUGAAGAAGAGACACUCAGUGAAGAAAAUGAUAAAAGUGAAGGAGAUGACCACAGCGAAGAAAACUCUAUGGAAGAAGAAGAUAUUCAAGCAGAUGAGCUAGAAGAAGAGGACGAUAGUGCUGUAUCUGAGGAACAGGAAGAGGAUGAUCAGGAAGGUGAAGAUAUUCCAAAUGACGAGGAAGACGAUGACGUUCAAGCUGAAGAUGAAGAGAUACUCGAAGACGACGAUGAAGAAAUUGCAGAUACUGUUGAGGAGUCUGACGAGAACUAUCAGGGUGGGGUGAAUUCGGAGGAGGUUGAUGAAGACAAGAAUGAGGAGGGGUCAAAAGGUUCAGAUGAAGCUGAGGGUGAUGGCUCUGAAGAACAAGAGGACGAUGAUGGAGGUGAAUACAAUAAAGAUGAAAGUGAAGAAAACGAUUCUCAAGCUUCGGAGAAUGAUAAUGAUGAAGCUGAAGACAAUGAUAAUGAAGCUCAUGAGAAUGGAGAAGAUGGUUCGGAUGAAGAGGAUAACGUAAAGCUUAUUAAGAGGAAGAGGGACAUAAAUGUCGAGAACGAUGAUGAAGAACCAGCUGCUUUUUCUGAAACUCGCGAAGAACACGAAGUCAAUCAUCUGAGUGGAGAAAAGGUAGUGGGGGAGAUUGUUGAAAAGACAGAGGCGGAAGCUGAAAGGGAACAAAGUGAACAAGAUGAACAUAUCCAGGAAAGCUCAGGUCUGGCUGUGAAACUGAGUGUCGGGGUUGCCAUAUUGGUGGUUGCAUACCUUGUGUUGGUUAGGAAAUGGAGAAACGCUGACGAUAGCAAACCGUCUUUAUCGAAUGAACAAAUGGAAACAGUCCCGGACUUAUCCAGAAGAAACACAAUAGUCCCACCUCCUAGCUACCAAGAAAUCGAACCAGACCUUGAAAACGCUGAAGAAGAUUAUUCGGAAGAAGAAUUGAGCGAAGAGGACGAACCAGUUGAAGCGAAAUCAUUGAAAGCGAAAUAUCAAGAACUCCGAGCGACAUAUUCGCGAUCUCUGACUCCCGAAAGUGAUCCGGAUCGUGAAAAAUCUCCCAAACCCCACGAAUACGAAGACGAAGAAAAUGUAGAUGAGGAAGAAGAAGAAAUUAGCGAAGAAGAAGAUGAUGAUGAUUAUGAGAAUGAAGAAGAGUAUGACGAGGAUGAUGAUGAAGAGUUACUGACGAGAUUGGAAGCCAAAUAUGGAAAACUACUUGGAGUUGGUGGAAAUCUGGUGGAUAAAAGAAACGAUUCUCCACAAGAUAUGGUUGAAGAUUCUGAUUCUGACAGACAAUCUGAUGAUGAAGAAUACAAAAACAUGAAUAUUACCAACAAAAAUGACUUCCAGAUCAGAAAUGAACUUGAUGAGGCCCAAAAGUCUGUCAGACAUAACCCGUCCUCUGCUGUGAAGCUUUUUGAUGCUAUUUUGCGAAAAAACCCAUCCUCUCCCAGAAGUUUGUAUGGAAAGGCCAUCUCGUUGGAUGCUCUGGCUGAUGAGAAACAGAGCAACGUGAUUCUGGAAAAGGCUCUGGCAAUUUAUAUCGAGCUGCUCCAGAGAGAAGAUGUCUUACCUGUUCUCUAUAAAAUGGUCGCCGAUAGAUGCAUAAACCGUACGAGAUUCAUGGGGCAAUAUAAAAAAUUAGUUAUGGUGCAUCAGCUUGUUAUUAAAAGAUUUCCUGGUGAUCCAAAGCAUAAAAAUGACCUAGCUGUGACGUAUUUGACUAUAAACAGGAUAGAAGAUGCGCGUUCUGUCUUCAAAGACGUUUUGAAACGAUGGCCCAGUGACGGUUAUGCACUUGUCCACUAUGGUUUCAUCCUGAAAACCGCCGAUAACAAAUUAGAAGAAGCCGUGCAUUAUUUUAGAAAGGGAUUGAAGACUCGAGAUGAAGGUGUCAUAGAUGGAAGGUUCUAUUUCCAUUUGGGAGACGCCCUCACAAGAUUAGGAAGAACUGAUGAAGCAAACAAGGUUUACGAGGAGGGAGCAGAAAACAAAGUGUUCCUAUCCAAACACCAACGAUCCCUGUACAACGUCCCCCGUUUAACCGGCCGACCAUGGUGGCCGAAAGAACACCUCCAAAACGUCCAAUCGCUCAAUCUCCUCGAACAACAUUGGAAGGAAAUCAGCCAAGAAGCGCUGGCCGUCCUCAACGAAGAAGGCCUCUUCCGUGACGAGGCCGAGAACCUGAAAGACACCGGCGACUGGAAGCAGCUGGAGCUCUUCGCCAGAGGCCGGAGGAACGCGAAGAACUGCCGGAAAUGCCCGAUCACUUGCGCGAUCGUCGAUCGGAUACCCGAGGCGCGGUCGUGCAGGAGAGGCCAGACGAAGUUCAGCGUGAUGCAUCCGGGCACGCACGUGUGGCCCCACUGUGGCCCGACGAAUUGCAGGCUGAGGGCGCAUUUGGGGUUGCGGGUGCCGCCAGGGACGUUCAUCAGGGUGGCUGAUCGGACCAGGAGUUGGAAGGAAGGGGCGUUGAUCGUUUUCGACGACAGUUUCGAGCACGAAGUUUGGCAUAACGGGACCGGCAUCAGAUUAGUCCUGAUUGUUGAUAUCUGGCAUCCAGAACUAACCCCAUACGAAAAAAAGAGCCUCUCGGCUAUUUGAUGUUUUGUGAUUGUAUUUUGAUAUACGUACGUAUUUACUUUAUAAUACUUGAAGUGGAGUUGUGCUGUGUAAAUAAAAUUUAAGUAUUCGUUCGUUAUGAUAAAGAAAUUC